UGGACCCGGCCGCGAGAAACGUGGCAUGGCGCGGCGGCGCUGUCGCGGAGGAUGCUGGUAGUUGUAGUCUGAGGAGGCGCCGGACGUGGCUUCUUUUUCUGUAUCUCUAGGACGGAAAAGGCUGGGAAGAGACUGGACGGUUCUGCGGGAUCGGGCUCGGGCUGCAGCGGCUCCAGCGCUCCGAGUGCCCCCAGCGCCGUGUUCCCAGGCUCGCUGUGAGAGUAACAACCUGAAGAAUGAUUCUGAAGUGUGGUUAAGUCGUUAAGAUUAUUGCAAAACAUUAGCACAUAUGUAAUUACUUUCUACUAAACUAAAGUGAAAAGAUGAAUAAUUUGCCAGAGAAAAGCCCCUGCAUUUGUGUAAGUGGAACUCUUUUUAUAUACACAUCUUUUUGUAGCUGAGGGAAGAUGAUGGAAGAGAGUGGGAUAGAGAGGACUCCACCUGGCACACCCCCUCCAAGCACAGCAGGGGAGGCUGCUGCUGCUGCUACACCUGUGACAUUAGCUUUGUCCAGCCCCCUUGCCACACCAAGCAUGCUAUCUUCUCCUGCCUACUCACCACCCUUGCCAGCUGGAGUGUCACCAGUUCCUCCUGCCAUGAUGGCCUCAGCCUCUCUUCCACUUGUGCCUUCUGCAACCCCUUCUACUAUUGCACCACCCCAAAGCCCUGUCCCACCUCCUCCUGCCCCUGCAGCUUUCAGCACCCCUGUGUCCCAGUUCUCUGCUCCUCCUCCGCUGAGCUCUGCUGCUCUUCCUGCACCUCCCAUUGGUCCCCCCAUUUCAGGCUUUUCCAUGUCUUCCACCUAUGAUAUCACCAGAGGUCAUGCUGGCCGAGCACCUCAGAGCCCACUGAUGCCUUCAUUUUCUGCACCUCCGGUCACAGGUGUUUUGGCAGAUCCCAUUACUCAACAGGCAACUUUCUCAUCAUCUUUGUCUCCUGGGGCUGGUUCUGCAAUCACUUUUCCUGAGGAGCAUGAAGAUCCCCGAGUAUCUACUGCCCAGAGUGGAGCACCUGCUGGAGGACUCUGGGGGUUUAUAAAGGGUGUAGCUGAGAAUCCCAUGGUGAAGUCUGUUCUUGAUAAAACCAAGCAUUCAGUGGAGACCAUGAUCACAACGCUGGAUCCUGGCAUGGUCCCAUAUAUCAGAACUGGGGGAGAGCUUGACAUAGUGGUUACUUCUAAUAAAGAGGUGAAAGUUGCAGCAAUUCGGGAUGCCUUUCAGGAAGUCUUUGGGAUGGCUGUUGUGACUGGAGAGUCUGCACAGUCCAACAUUGCACCCCAGCCUGUGGGCUAUGCUGCAGGCUUAAAGGGAGCCCAGGAGAGGAUAGACAGCCUGCGCCGGACAGGAGUCAUCCACGAGAAGCAGCCUGCUGUGUCAGUGGAAAACUUCAUUGAGGAGCUGCUUCCUGACAAGUGGUUUGACAUUGGAUGUCUAAUUAUUGAGGAUCCAAUUCAUGGAAUUCACCUGGAAGCAUUCACCCAAGCAACACCAGUGCCUUUACAAUAUGUUCAGCAGGCCAAGAGUCUCACCCCUCAGGACUACAGCCUGAGGUGGUCAGGGCUGCUGGUGACAGUGGGCGAGGUGCUGGAGAAGAGCAUGCUGAACGUGAACAGGACGGACUGGCACGCGGUGUUCACAGGCAUGUCCCGUCGGCAGAUGAUCUACAGCGCGGCCAAGGCCCUGGCAGGGAUGUACAAACAGCAGCUGCCACCCAGGACCGUGUGACAGCGGUGACACCCUCACACCAGGAAUGCUGGGUUUGAUUCUAGGAUCAAAGUAAAAGCUGUGUGUUCCCAUUCUCAGCAACACAGAUUGUAAUUUUUACUCUAAACUCUUUCUACUUCUUGAUAAGGUGAUUUCCAGCAGUGGAACUUAGCAAUUGCAAUUUUUAGCUAAUGUGUGAUUUCCAGUAUGAUUCAUAAAACAAACAUGUAUUUAUGACUGAUACGAGCAGCAUUGCAGUUUUCUAAAUAGAAUGUGCUGUGGUGGGGACACCUUACCAAGCAUUUCCUGAGAUAGUUAGUAUUCUUUCUAAUGGGGAUAUUUGUUUAGCUAUUUCUAUUCUAUUAGUAAUAUAAACAUGUUGACAGCAUAACAUGUAUGUUAGAGAUGCAUUUCAAUCCAGAGAGACUUUCUUCUGUAUUCCAUGUGUUUUUUGGGGCAUGUGUUUAGGGGAUACGUAACACCUCAUUGAGUUGGUGUCUGUAUAUAGUUCUCAGGAGCUAUUCCAAGUACUCUCUACAGCAUGUAAGAGUGAGCUGCUGAAGAAGAGCACAGAUCCGUGCCCUGUUAGUUGAAGUCGUUGCUAAAUAAUUCUGGAUUCUUAUUUUCUAUGCUGCAUCUUUCUGCUUUUCAUGUUACAAUAAAUAAAUUCGUGGCCAGCUGAAGAACCACAGACAAAAUUUCAAGUCACUUCAGUGGGUUUUAGAUCAGGUAUUGCACUCCCCACAUGAAAUCACUGCAGCAGUUUCAAUAACAUGAUCUACUCCAGUGCUUCCAGACAACAUCUGUUAUAUGUAAUUAUGUAAUUUUUUUCUAUGUAGUUACAUAGAUUAAUUAUGGAAAAUUGUGAUGUGUAUAUCACUGGCUUUGCUAUUCUGUGUUUUGUAAACAUUUCUAAGUCUGAAAGCUUUCAUGACGUCAUGAGCUCACUGUUUCUCAUGUAAGUUUUUGGUAGUGUCUGAUUUUUUUUUUGUGGCUAUAAAUAUCCUCCAUCCAUGCUCACACAAUCUUAAAUCUUUACUUAGAAAUAUGGAAGUAAUUGUGAAGAAAAUAUUUUGGUAAUACUUUUUUAAGAAAAAAAGAAUAAACAAAUACUUUUUGUUUGCCUUAAAGAAACAAAGAUAAAGCUUAUAUGGCUUUACCUUUCUUAGAUGCUUUCAAAGAACAUUUUUUAUACAGUAUACUGUUGAGCCAGCUCAUAUUUGUGCCCAGUGAAAACCUAUUUCCAAGUAAUAUAUUUGGCCUUAAUUGGCUUACUCUGUAAAGCAGUUGAAUAAAUGUUUUCCCUAGAGAACUGCAUCUAUUUAAAAGGCUUGUUUUUUAUUACAGAUGGUGAACAUAUUUAUUGAAGUUGUAUUUGCGUGGUCAGUUUGCAGAUUUGUCACAUACUAAACAAGCAAACAGAAUCCAGCUCUCAGUCUUGAGGUCCCUCAUUGAGACUGCUUCUUUCUGUGUUAAAUCAAAAGGGUGAUAACAGGGAGUUUUCUUUGUCAUUAUGCAGUGAAGGCAUCUGUGCAUUUACUGUAAUUUCAGUUUGCAGUGUAUAACAAGUUGAAUGCUGCUGUUUUAUCCCCUGCUUGCAGUAUCUGUAAUGCUAAGGAAGACGACAUGAAGUCAUCAAUAGGUUUAGGUGCCUUGGCAUGACUUUAAACUGAAGAGGAAGGACCCUUUUCUUUCUCCCUUUCCUGGCCCUGGCCUUCACUUUUUAAGAGGUGAGAGGAGUAGAGGAAGACAAUGUGGUCAAGUGAAAUCAUUUUUCUCUGGCUCAGUGAAGUGUCAUGAUUUAUUUUUGACAGCUCCCAGGAGAAUGAAAAUGCAACUACCAAUUAGUUCUUUCCCUCUGGGGAGCAUUAUUUGCUUCUGUAUUGAAAAAUAACAUUGUCACAUGAACACCAUGAGCUCAGCUUCUUCCCUGAGAGGCCAAGGGAAGGAAAAAUGUGGACUAUGAUCUGGGAGGCAAAAAAGUCAGAAAUUGCUUCCUGAAUGGAAGCCUUGCUCACGGUCUGAGUUACAUGGAUGAAUUCUGAACCAGGUUAUGGUGAUUGUUCGGCUUUUUACUACCCCUAGGGUUGUGUUGUGGGCAAUAAUAAGAGAGGAUGCUCAGCAGGGGCAUUAAAUUUGUAUAUGUUGUAGUCCAGGACAUCCCUCUGGCCACCCUGGAGGGUUUGGAGACCAGACAGGGGGGUCUGGGAUCUGUACAAGGGGGUCAGCCAGCCUCACACAGAGCCCAGGAGGACACUGCCUCUGAUCCCUGUCCAUGGGAGUGAACGCCCACAUUGUAUGAAGAAUCACAAGCUGAGAGAAUUCAAAAUAAGUAGUAGCUAGUUUAUCACAGAGUAUGAAUGUAGAAUUUAGGAUUUUUAGUAUAUGGGUUUGCAGAGGCAAGAUGGAAGAAUUGGGGAGUGGUCCUGUCCUUCUUGUUCUUUUCCCCCAUUUUCUGCUGAGUUGUAUCACAAGGAUUGGUUUAGAGUAGAAAUGACAUGUUAACAUAGGUAGUAGGCAUUGGUAAGAUUUUGUAAAUAAAAAGUACUUUGUGGAGGGUGGUUGGAUCAGAGAAAUGGUACAAAGGGUCCAAGACCCCCUGAUCCGCCCAGUCUGCAGCAUGUCCUGCUCUGCUGGGGACACCUUGCAGAGCUGGGAAAGAACUAAGAGAUAAUGAAGAAUAAACAACCUUGGAAACAUGCA